AGCAUGUGACCUAAAUGAUGCAGUAGGUCGCAUCCGAUGACGUAUGGAAGUCACCGGUGGAAUAAUCGUUGUAGGUUACAGGGCGUAUUUUUAUUUACCUAGAUCCCUAAACAUAACAAUGUGUUAAACAUGCUUACGCUAGAUAUUAAAACAACCCAGUGUUUAUGCGAUAGCGGUUUGUUCCCGUUCUAGAUAACGUUAGCUAACUACCGUUAAGUUCUACCACCUUCUACCGCAAAAUACAGGCAGCUCUGUCACAAACAGUUCCAGUGCAAGUUUUGACCUCAUCAUAUUAAACAGUGUACUGAUGGCAAGGAGCCUCACUAGAUUAUUUAGGGGCUGUCAGAGCCUCGCUUCCCUCCCACCCAUGAGGGUUCAACUAAGCUAUCCGCCGGCCAGUGUUUCACUCAGGAUCACCUCUAUACGCACCAUGGCGUCCCAGGACUUCAGCCUGCCUAAUCCCUCCUGGGGACCAGACAUGCUGCGGUUGUACGAGCAUUACAAAAGCCAGUGUGAGGUGGAGGUAGAGGGAGGAGAGAAACAGGGAGCGCUGUGGCAGAGACUGCCCAGCUACAAUCGCUCCAUCAAAUAUGCUACAGGUGGAGCGUUUCUUAGUAGGACUAUCCAGUCAAAAGCUCGUCUUUUUACCCGAAACAUAACAGAACCAGGGGCAGGAUUUGAGUAUGUUCUGUUUGCAAACAAAAAGGAGCAGAAGUGUGUGUGCAUUUUCCAGCCUGGACACCUACUGGAGGGACCACCAGGACAUGUCCACGGGGGGGCGAUAGCCACUAUGAUUGAUACUGUGACAGGGUCUCAUGCUGUUUUUCUCUAUGGAGCUAUUAUGACUGCCAACCUCAACAUCAACUAUCGCAGCCCCAUCUCACUGGGAAGUACAGUGCUGGUCGAAUCCACUGUGGAUAAGAUGGAAGGCAGAAAAACAUUACUUUCAUGUAAAGUGACCAGCACUGAUGGUUCCAAACUGUACACAGAAGCAACAGCACUGUUCCUGUCGAUCAGUGAGAGCCGCUUCCUGGAAUGGUGACAGAGAGGCACCAGCUUAGCACCUAUGCAGAGUGUCAGCAAGUUGAAGUAUGUGUGUGAGUGAAUCAUUGGUAGUGUGCACUUAUUUGCAAGCAAGCAGUUUAAGAAAUGCCUUCUCUAAAUAUCCUUUAUUAUAUUCUAAAAUUCCUCCAUCUCCAUUUAAGUAUUUAUUACUAGCAAACAGUUUGUUGAAGUAACUUUUCUUGUAUAAAUUAUAACGCUUAUGUAUUUGUCAACAAGUGAAAUUGUUACAAGCAGGGAAUAAAAAUUAGUGUUAACUUUUUAAAAAAAGUUUUUGCUUCUCAACUUUUAAAAGACUGUGUCUUUACUUUGAGUGUAUGUUUAUUUUCAUUUGUUCAUAGACUAUGUGUUGUACAUAGUCAGGCAAAUACAGUAUAAUUUGUAAGGUUUGACUGACACACUGAUAUUAGAUUGGUCAAAUUUGAGAGGAUAGUAGAACAACAUGUGCUGCUUGAUUUUUUUAUAAUUUAUGCACUUGAUAAACGUACGGAUUUUUAUUUUUGAAACUAAUUUUUUGCUGUCACUUUGAUAAAUUAGUAAAAUAAAUGAGAUCAAAUUUUUGGAGCAUUCCAGCUAACAAGGCUGAGUCUCACUUUCUUACAUGUUAGUUUUGACUUUCAGGUGUGGGUUGUUAACUGUCGCCCUGCCAUGCGGUGGAUGUGGUUAGGUUUGAAUAUGAGCACACCAUGAGAGUUUAAUGACUUAGAAUUGAGACGAAAGGUGCUCAAACCCCAAAUCAUCAUGUUAGCCAUCGUCAUCUUGUUCAUAGUCUGGUUUGUUUCAUUUGCUUUCAUUUACUUUUUGUGAGCAUGUUUGUUACUAUCAGAAAGACUGAGGCGUGCCACAGUAAGCCAUAAUAAGUAACACUGUCCACAUCACAGAGAUCUGUGCUGCUCUGGCAACUACUGCCGACCACGCUGCCAAAAAAGUGCACUUAUUAAGCCAUCGAAAGCAUAUUGAGCACCUCUGUCUUACUGUCUCUUACUCUCAUACUGCACUGACUAUAGAUAGAAGACACCAUUUCUGAGUUUUACAUGGGAAUAUAGAAA